AUGGAGUCUUCAAAAGAAAAAGGGUUCUGGACAGGAUCUAUGGAAACAUCUGAUCCAGAGCUUCAUGCUCUUAUCAAUGGGGAGACUGAGAGGCAGAAGAAGACAAUAAACUUAAUAGCAAGCGAGAACUAUGUACACCAGAGUGUGAUGGAAGCCAACGGGUCCAUACUCACCAAUAAGUAUUCUGAAGGUAGAGUGGGAGAAAGAUAUUAUGGGGGUACACACUGGAUAGACCGGAUUGAGGCCCUUUGCCAGAAAAGAGCACUUGAGCUGUUUUCAUUGGAUCCAGAUGUUUGGGGUGUCAAUGUACAAGCAUACUCCGGAAGUCCUGCAAACUUUGCUGUGUACACGGGGCUUGUUCCUCCUGGGGGGAAGAUCAUGGGCCUUGACUUGCCGUCUGGAGGGCAUCUUACACACGGGUAUAAGACAAGGACCAGGAAGAUAUCUGCUACAAGUGUGUACUUCGACUCGAGGUCUUACAAGAUAGGUAGUGAUGGACUUAUAGACUACUCAGGUCUUGAGGAGUCUUUCAUGGAGUUUCUGCCCCAUCUUCUGAUCUGUGGAUACAGUGCAUAUUCGAGGGAUAUUGACUACAAAAGACUUUCGAUGAUAGCAAAUAAGAACAACGCCUUUCUGUUUGGGGACAUUUCCCACAUCUCUCCCUUGAUUGCUUCUGGACUGAUGGAGAGCCCGUUUAAGUAUUGUGAUGUGGUUAUGACAACAACGCAUAAGGGGCUGAGAGGGCCUAGAGGAGCUCUCAUCUUCUACAGAAGGAGUGUGAGAAAGGGGGAGGAGGUUGUGGAUCUGGAGACAAAGAUCAACUUUGCAGUGUUUCCUAUGCUUCAGGGGGGACCUCACAACCAUACGAUUGCAGGGAUUGCUUCCAUGCUUCUACAUGCAAAGUCGCCUUCGUUUGUGGAGUACGCGAGGCGGGUUGUGGAGAACUCGAAGACAUUGUGUAACCAUCUUUUGUCUCUAGGAUAUAAGGUCCCGACAGGAGGUACAGACAACCACAUGUUUCUAGUGGAUCUCAGGGGUAAGGGGGUGGAUGGGAGCAUUGUGGAGCACAUGUGUGAUGCACUGGAGAUUAGCGUGAACAGGAACACUGUUGUUGGAGACACCAGUCCUUUGAACCCAUCUGGAAUACGUGUGGGUACAUAUGCAGUGACUGCCCGAGGGUUUGGGGCUGACGAGAUGAAGGAAGUUGGAGACAUAAUCAACAGCAUUGUAUGCCUCUGCAGAGAGGUGUCUAUGGGGAAGAGGAUGUCGAAGGCAGAGGUUGAGAAGGUGACAUCCAGCGAGGAGUUCGCGGGCAACAGCCUGGCCGUGGACAUAAAAAGAAGAAUAUCUAGUCUUGUAGAUGCACAUCCCAUCUACCAGUAG